UAAAUCCAUUCUAAAAGUUAAUUAUACUCCAUCAAGCCCUCUUCUUAUUCCCAGAAUCCUUAGCCUCUUCCUAAAUAAGGCCCCUCCCUAGUCUCCCUAAAGUUAAAAUGAAUAAGGGAGGAGGCGGCAGCUCUAGGAACCAGUUUUGUAACAAUGAAAUUAGAGCAGGAAAGGGCAGUGAGUGAACGCUCCAAGCAGGUUGGGGUCACAGGAGUUGGCAACACCACACCGACGAAUAAGGGAGGAGGCUGCAGCUCUAGGAACCAGUUUUGUAACAAUGAAAUUAGAGCAGAAUCGGGCAGUGAGUAUGUUGGGAUAGCGGACUCUUUCAAUGGACCAGGUCAAGGUGGUUUAAACUUUUCUGACAAUAAAGUUAUUGCAGGUGAACGCUGCAAGCAGGUUGGGGUCACAGGAGUUGGCAACACCAGACCGACGAAGGCUCCAGCUGGUGCUGCAUCCUAUAGUUUAGGAGAAGAAGAAGCUGAACGAAGCCAAUUGAAGAAGGACAUGAUCAAUAGGAAGAAAAAGUAGUCUGUUUUUCCAUGCUUUAAGUUUAAUGGUGUGUGUUCGAUGUACGAAAAUAAGAACUGAUACAGCAAAGAUCCAGGCUUGUAGGCCUCUUAUUAUGAAUAAUUAAUAUUGUAUAAUAUUAUUGUAAUAUUAUUGUAUAUUAUUAUAAUUAAUAUUGUAUAAUAUUAUUUGCUGUGCUGAUACAGCAAAGAUGGACAUUCUAUC